GGUGAACCUAUCUUGACUCUUGAAGCUUGAAGCUUGAAGAGAGAACUGUUCAGUGGGAGUAAUUAUAACUGAGUAAUACUCAUUCACUUCUUCCCAUUUCCCCCUGCUUGUUUCGUUAAAGGAUAUGGCACCUAGUAUCGUACUAGUAGCACCUGGAGAACCUCGCGAAGGCAAUAAGCCACAGCCAUUGGGAAAUUUUGUCCUAAUAUUCCUCUUCACCACUUCCACGUUGUGCUUGCUUUACUUGCUUUGGCGUCGUGCAAGUACUCUGCGUGCAGUAGUAUCCCACCAACUACAAACGUGGACAAGACCGGAAGGUCAAAUUCGCCUCUCCGAGGACGACGGUCCAUCUGCUACCGAGUUUCUGACUGAUGGGGACGACGAAGAUGUUGGGAUAGUAGAUGGUGUGAUCCUGGAUCAGGACGAGGAACGACCAAGGAAUGAGGUUAUCACUCUACCUUCUGUCAGACCUGGCUCCUCAUCGUAAAACAUAUAUUCCAUCAUUUGUUUUGCCAUGACCUGCCGCUUGAUUCUAUUCCUGGGGACGGUAAUGCAUGAUGGUCAUUUUCACACUGGGUUAUCUGACCUUCUCUAUCGUCUCAGAGUAUCUCGUUGGUCUAACUUCAACACCAUGCCUUGCUGUUUAGAUUCCAUUAUGUCUGCAAGCUAGCGGAUCUUGUUUUACUAUUGGCUUGUACGACAGGCUCCAUGUGUUGACAUUUCCCAGAUCUGAUGUUCAGUGGUCACUCCUUGUCGGGUCUUGUCUCAGCAAAGACAGUGUCCAUACAGGUCUCUGGACA